UGUAGUAUUUCAUCCACGAUCCCAAUCACAAUAAUGGCUAUUCGAGGACAUGCACAUUCAAUGGGUCGAUCUAUAAUUGGCUAUCGUUUACCACAUGGACAUGGACCAGCACAAUUAUUAGGACGAGUCAAUCCUCAAUUACCUCAAGCAUUUUAUCCAUUGAAACAAUUGCACUCAAAAUUUGAUAGUGUAGAAAUAGGAGAUGAUGAUAUAAUAAUGGCUCGUUGUAUUUAUGAUAGUACAUCUAGUACACAUGAUGUAGGAAUGGGACCAACACAUCAUGAUGAAAUGUGUAAUCUUUAUAUUAUGUAUCAUAGUAGUUCAUUAAAUACUUUUACAGAAGAAAAAACUAUGUGUAGUUCCAAUGCGUUCCAAUCAAAAUGGAAGCUUAUACAUGAAUCUCCUGCGGAAUCAGUUAGAAAAACUAUUUCAGCUACGAAAACAUUACAUGAUAAUGAACAACAGAAAUCUUUGCCAAAAUUAUUACUAGCUACAAAUAAUUCUAUUGAGUCAAUUGAAUCGAUAUCUACUUCAAAGAAUACAUUAUUACGUCAUAUUGAUUCAUUGGGACAAGUAAGCAGUGUACAAACAAGAAUAACUGGUAACGGUCAACAUGAGCUGAUUAUUUUACAUCGUGGUACAAACACCUGGAAUUUUAAUUCAUUCAAUAAAGAAUUUAUUUAUCAAAAUGGUGAAGAAUAUAUAAAUACUGAAACAAUUGUUCAUUUGAAUCCGAUUACCGGUGAUGUGACUAUGAAAUGGGGACGUAAUAUGUUUAUUUUACCGCAUAGUAUUACACUGAGUUAUUAUGACAUGAAUACUAAUGUGACUGAUGAUCAAGUUUUACGUCAACAACAACAACAACGUCGCUACAGUGAAGGAAAACCUACUUCUGUAUGGAUCACUGAUGUGGCAUUGCAUCAAGUAUUCAAAUUUGAUUGGAUGAAAUGGGAUAGACCAAGUUUGACUUUAGGUAUACCUGGUAAACCAGGUGAUAAUAAACAUCAAUUUUGUCAACCAACUGAUGUUGCAAUAUCUAGUACAGGUGAUAUAUUUAUUGCAGAUGGUUAUUGUAAUGCACGUAUUGUAAAAUUUUCAUCAAAUGGUACUUAUCUAACAGAAUGGUCAGCUUUAGGUGCAUCAUCAUCAUCAUCAUUCAAUCAUGAAUAUCAACACCAUGAUACAACAUGGCAUAUACCUUUAACAAUAUCAUCAUCACCAGAAGAUUGGUCAAAUGAAUUGCUCUAUACUGAUUCCAAUUAUCCAUUGAAUAUGGAUAUGAAAGAAUUCGAUUUUAAUAUCAUACAUAGUUUAACUAUAAUUCCAAGUGAUGAUGAUGGUACACUUGAACAAAUUUGUGCAGCGGAUAGAGAGAAUGCAGCUGUAUUAUGUUAUACAUUAGAUGGAAAAUUGAUAAGACGUUAUGCAGAUUCUUCAUUACAACCUUCAAUUUAUGCAAUUCAAUAUGAUCCAAUUCAUAAAUUAAUUAUCGGUUUAACUGGUAGUACUUAUACAUCAACUGUAAUUGAUGCUACAACCACCAAUAAUGAUCAUCUGUUAUUAUUACCACCAAAUUUAUUCUUUAUCAAUCCAUAUAAACCAAAAAAUGUGAAUGAAUUGAAACAGCACAAAUUUCAUCCUUAUUGGUCAGAUUUAUAUCAAGGUUCAGCAUUGAUUGGAUUUUACUCAAUGCAAAAUGUACGCUCACCGCAUGAUUUGACUUUAUCGCCAACAAAUGAUAUGAUUUACGUAUCAGAAAUCUAUCCAUAUAAAGUACAUCAAUUUAAAAUCCAAAAUAAUUCUAGUUUGGCCAUUAUGAAAGGAGGACAAAAUGAUUUUGUACAACCGAUUAGCUUAAGUGAUCGUUAUCCAUGGAGUUUACAUACACUUACAUCAUAUCAAUUAACUGGUCUUUCAUUCCUUCUGUUCAUUAUAUUCAUUCUAUUAUUAUUGGGUUGUAUACGAUUAUGUUGGUGUAGACGACAUCGUUUGAAAGGCACCACUACUACUACUAUACGAAGAAAUAAACGUGAAUUAAAUGGUAAAGUCUAUGCCAAUGCAUCACCUAAACUUUCGUCCUCUAUCACUACUACUACGAAUAGUGUUUAUUCACGUUGGGCAAGUAAACAAAAUUCUAAACGUAAUAAACAAGCCGGUUUUCGACCAUUACUACGUAACAAUGAUAGUAAUGAUUAUUUAGCUGAACAAGAACUUGCCGAUUAUGAUUAUGAUGAUGAUGAUGACGCUCAAAAUGAUGAUGUUGAUGUUAAUGGUGAUGAAGAUGUACUCAUGGAUACUACUACUACUAAUUAUACCGAUCGACAAUUAUUAAAACAAACGAAUUUAUUAAAUAAUAAACAAAAAUUUAUACCAAAAGUUAAAACUACUAACAAUGCUAAAAGUGUACAUUCAAAUUCAUUGUCAUCUAGAUUAUUUAAACUGAAACCUGCUAUAAACAAAUCGGAUUCAAUUGCUUGAAUAAUAUUGAGAAACCAAUAUUAAAAAAAAAAAGGAAUUGUUCAUCAUUCAAUGUGAUUUUUAUCAUUCAAUUGUCAAUCGGUUUUUUUUUCUUUCGUGAAAAACAAAAUUGAUCGAUAUGUACACUUUGAAAAAUAAAGAUCUCGUUAUUCAAUCUCUUGCCUAAAUAUGAUUGUUGUUAUUCUUCCAACUAAUAUGAUUAUGUCUGACACACAAACUAAAUCCAUCAAUAAUAUUCAUCUCACAUACAUACAUGUUGAAGAUUAUAUUUUACAAUUUUAUUUGUUAUUGUAAAAAUUAAAUAACCGUACGUUGUAUUCAUUCAUUUAUCGAGUCAAUUUGUUGCUCCGUUGUGGGAUUCAUGACAUAACUUGUUCCUUUCUUUUAUUUUUUUCUGUUCUGUUCUAAUGAACUUUGAAAUGUUUUUGUGCGGGAUGUAUAAGAUGGCCGGCCGUAUGUGUGUGUGUGUGCGUGUGUGCGUUUGUGUAGUUGUGUGUGUGUGUGUUUGCUUGUGUGUUCUUUGUUUUUCGUAUCAACUACAUUUCAGUCAAGAAUCAUAUAAUUUUUUUAAGCAUAAUAUCAGUACAUUUCCAUUAUUGUGAUUGUGAAAAAAAAAGUAUUUAUGGAAAUUACGUUGGUGUGUUUACAUUUGUAUUUUUGUGUAAACUUUUAUUUAUCUUGAUGAAAUGGUACUUACUGCAUAGCGAUCAUUGAUGCAUGAUUAUGUGCAUAUGAGUUUGUUAUCGUAUACACUCUUUUUUUUAAUGUAAUGAAAACAAAAAGAAUUAUUUUAAUGUCUUGUCUUUUAUUUGUUUGUGGUGGUGGUGGUGUUUUUUUUUUAUAUAAUAAUAUAUGAAUUAUUUAUUGGAA